CUCUUUAGUGUGACUUUAGUGAGUCAGUGUGAGCCUUCACAACCCGUGGAUAGAUGAUCAGAACUUUCACUUUAUCAUAAACUCUGCAGGAAUCUUUUUGGCCAAAGCAGCCAGAAGCUAUGAUGCAAGAAAAAAGCCGCAGUGAGGAGGUGAAUCUGGCACAGAUUCAGGAGAUGUGUGUCAUUUUUCUGCGGGAAUGCCCCAGUGGCGCCUUGCAUUUACACGAGUUCAAGAGGAUCUUUGGCGUCCAGAGCAGCUCACCAGAGGAGUCCCUCUUCUUGGAGACAAUCUUCCGUUCCUUCGACACAAACCAGGACAACACGCUGGACUUCAUUGAGUAUGUUGCCGCCCUUAACUUGAUUUUAAGAGGCAGUCUUGAAGACCGGCUCAAGUGGUCCUUUAAGAUGUACGACCGGGAUGGGAACGGAAAACUGGACAGGAAGGAGGUCAAGAGUCUCAUAAGGAUUCUUCACAAAAUCAAGCUUCAGAUGACUGAAGUCAGUCUGACUCCAUCUCAGAUCUGUGAUCGGAUCUUUGAGCUCGUUGACAACAACAAUGACGGUGAAAUAACCCUGAGUGAGUUCAUGGAGGGAGCCCAGAAGGACGAUUGGCUUAUAGAUCUUCUUAAUCUAGAUGUCCAAACCUCCGGCUGGGUGAUCCAAAACUACAAAAAGCUACCAUGACGCCUCACUGAGUGCUUAGUGUCCUCCUGUUUUGAACCAGAUGAUUUUGAAAGAUUUCCCUUGUGCUUCUGAAGAAUAAAGUGGAAUGUUCUGAUAUUGAG